AUGGAGACUAAUCAGAUUGGCUUCCUGGGGCAGGAGGAGUUAGACAUUCGAACACUGCAAACCAAGAAUCGCAAGCUGGCAGAAAUGGUGGAUCAACGGCAGGCCAUUGAGGAUGAGCUCCGUGAGCACAUUGAGAAACUGGAACGAAGACAGGCCACUGAUGAUGCCUCGUUACUGAUUGUUAACCGGUACUGGAGUCAGUUUGAUGAAAACAUCCGUAUCAUACUGAAACGUUACGACCUGGAGCAGGGUUUGGGAGACCUCCUCACAGAAAGAAAAGCCCUUGUUGUGCCUGAACCAGAACCAGACUCGGACAGCAAUCAGGAGCGGAAAGAUGACCGAGAGAGAGUGACGCUAAACUCUAGUUCUCCUCCCCCAGAUAAUCUGAUAGUGGAGGAAGCAGUGCAGGAGCUGAAUUCCUUCCUCGCACAAGAGAAUAUGAGGCUGCAGGAGCUGACAGACCUCCUUCAGGAGAAGCAUCACACCAUGUCUCAGGAGUUCUCCAAGUUGCAGGGUAAAGUGGAGACAGCUGAGUCACGAGUGUCUGUCCUGGAGUCCAUGAUUGAUGACCUGCAGUGGGAUAUUGACAAAAUUCGAAAGAGGGAACAGCGACUCAACCGACACUUAGCAGAAGUCCUAGAGCGGGUAAAUUCAAAAGGUUACAAGGUUUAUGGAGCGGGGAGCAGUCUCUACGGCGGCACAAUCACUAUCAAUGCUCGGAAGUUUGAGGAAAUGAAUGCAGAGCUUGAGGAGAACAAAGAGUUGGCUCAGAACCGUCACUGUGAGCUGGAGAAACUUCGGCAAGACUUUGAGGAGGUCACUACGCAAAAUGAAAAGCUAAAGGUGGAACUGCGGAGCGCAGUGGAGGAAGUGGUGAAGGAGACCCCGGAAUAUCGCUGCAUGCAGUCCCAGUUCUCUGUCCUGUACAACGAGAGCCUACAGUUGAAGGCGCAUUUGGAUGAGGCUCGGACCCUGCUUCAUGGCACCAGGGGAACCCACCAGCGCCAGGUUGAGCUCAUUGAGCGCGAUGAAGUCAGCCUUCAUAAGAAGCUGAGGACCGAAGUCAUCCAGCUGGAAGAUACACUGGCCCAGGUCCGCAAGGAAUAUGAAAUGCUGAGGAUCGAGUUUGAGCAGACGCUUGCUGCCAAUGAACAAGCAGGCCCCAUAAACCGGGAGAUGCGCCACCUUAUCAGUAGCCUCCAGAAUCACAACCACCAGCUGAAAGGGGAGGUCCUGAGGUAUAAGCGGAAACUGCGAGAAGCCCAAUCUGAUCUGAACAAGACACGCCUGCGCAGUGGCAGUGCCCUCCUGCAGUCUCAGUCUAGCACUGAGGACCCUAAGGACGAGCCCGUGGAGGUCAAACAAGACCUCGAGGACGUACCCGCCCAGGCCUCUGCAUCGAAGGCCUCUCAGGAGGAAGCCAACGAAAUGAAGUCCAAGCGAGAUGAGGAAGAGCGAGAGCGAGAAAGGAGGGAGAAAGAGAGGGAGCGAGAAAGAGAGCGGGAGAAGGAAAAGGAGAGAGAGCGAGAGAAGCAGAAACUGAAAGAGUCAGAAAAAGAAAGAGAUUCUGCAAAGGAUAAAGAGAAAGGGAAACAUGACGAUGGGAGGAAAAAGGAAGCAGAAAUUAUCAAACAACUGAAGAUUGAACUCAAGAAGGUACAGGAGAGCCAAAAGGAGAUGAAACUAUUGCUAGAUAUGUACCGCUCUGCCCCAAAGGAACAAAGGGACAAAGUUCAGCUAAUGGCAGCUGAGAAGAAGUCGAAGGCAGAGUUGGAAGAGCUAAGGCAAAGACUGAAAGAACUAGAGGAUAAGGAGAAAAAAGAGAACAAGAAAAUGGCAGAUGAGGAUGCCUUGAGGAAGAUCCGGGCGGUCGAGGAGCAGAUAGAAUACUUACAGAAGAAGCUGGCCAUGGCCAAGCAGAACCUGAUUUCUUUUUCAAAGGUUGAUGCCCAGUUACAGGUAGUAAGGAAACUGGAAGAGAAGGAGCAUCUGUUACAAAGCAACAUUGGCACAGGGGAGAAGGAGCUGGGUCUUAGGACACAAGCCUUAGAGAUGAACAAACGUAAGGCGAUGGAGGCAGCCCAGCUGGCAGAUGACCUCAAAGCACAGCUAGAGUUGGCUCAGAAGAAGCUGCAUGAUUUUCAGGAUGAGAUCGUGGAGAACAGUGUCACCAAAGAAAAGGACAUGUUCAAUUUCAAACGAGCCCAGGAGGACAUCUCGAGGCUUCGGAGGAAGCUGGAGACCACGAAGAAACCAGACAACGUUCCCAAAUGUGAUGAGAUUCUCAUGGAGGAGAUUAAGGAUUACAAGAACCUGGAGGCAUUUCAAGCAGUGCUGAUGGCAUUAAGUUUGCUUUCAGUCCCUGCUGCUUCAUGCCGUGUCCUGGCCACCGUUUUGGCCCCGUAG